CAUUGUUUUGCUCACCAUGCAGAAGCCUGAAAGCCUGAAGGUAAAAAUAUAUGAAAACAACAACAAUUUAUGCGCAAAAUAUGCGCAAAAUAUGCGUAAUUUUGCUUCUUAACUUAUAUACAUAAACACUGAACCUGUAAUGAAACACAAGAUUAGAAUUAGCAGAACCAAAACUAUUUAAUAUUUAUUCCAACUAUCUCUUCUUACUACUCCUUCGGUUUUGUUGACCGCAUUGGCUCAAGUGGAAAGCACCUACAUGAUUGGGACAAGACCAAUCAAGAGAAUCACAUCUGAUGCACUAGGAAAGUACCAAAAAAUGAUAAAACGAUUUCCCCGGCGCAUUGAAGAUUGGCUUUUCCGCGCGACAUAUGACCACCAGGGAGGUAGGGAGUGUUUGGCUUGUGAUAAGGGCCAAUUAGUGAAUCGUGUACCGCGAACAACAGAUGAGCCUCACAUUCAUCAUGGCUUAAUUGCUUCCGGGAACUUCCACUUUUCCCUCACAAGUUACAUUAAUGCGAAACUGGUUCUCAGCCAAAUCAAUGAGAUUGCACCAAUUAGGCUACUCCAAGUCUGCGGAACAUAGACUGAGUAGUAUGCUAUGAGGGCCCAUGCAUUGCUUGUUGUCCCUGCAUGUCAUGUGCGUUGUCAGUCCGUCUUCGGAGUAGAACGGCGCAUGAACAGAGAAUAGCAAUCAAAUCACAAUAGCAAAUAAUUAUUGUAAUAAAAGUACAACGCGGGGUCAGGUGCCCAGCAGCCUGGCCCAAUCAGACCGCGCGGGCCUCACCGCUUUCCCCGUCUUCCGCAUGACUGAUUCGACCAGGUCUACUUAUCUUGUCUCUGCACCGUCCA